AUGUCCAUCCCCACACGAGUCUUGAGGAACAGAUUCAUCCCCGCCGCUAGAAACCUACCCCGCACCGCCAGCCAGACCUCGCCGUUCAGUCUCAGAUACCGCACGAUGGCCACCAGCGCAAAGGAGUUCCUGUGCAUCCUCCCGGAUAAGCCGGACGCGCUCGCGCGGCGGUUGGAGGUCAGGGCCACGCAUCUGGCCGGUGCUCAGACUAAUGCGGGCAAUGGAAAGAUAGCUCUCGGCGGCGCCAUGUUUGAAGAGCACCCAACCGAAGGAAAGACACCUAGCUUCAAGGGCAGCGUCAUCAUCUACACUGCCAAGGAUGCCGAAGAGGCUUGGGAGCUCAUCAGGGACGACAUUUAUGCCAAGAGCGAUGUGUGGGAUCUCGAGAAGGCCCAGGUCAUUCCGUUCAAGUCUGCCGUGCGAGAGUCUUUGUAG